CCUUUUUCUCCAGAUCAAUUCGCUCUUGUUAACUCCAUCGUUCGAUCUGGAGCCGUUACAGGAUCCUCCGCAGGCCACGGCGUCCUCCGGCACCGGUGAGAUACGCUACCGUUCGUCUUCCUUCACUGAGCUCAUUUUGUCCGGAACUGCCACCGUUUCCUCCACCGGUCACCAUUCUCCUUCUUCCUCCGAAUCUCAUCAGAGGCUCCUCUCUGUCGACGGAGGAAAGAUGACGGCUAAGCGUGGGAUUGUCUGCCGACAAGAUCAAAAUGCCAUCGCGGUAUUCUGCUCGUGAUUUCGGUUCCGAUUGUUCUGAUCGGUUGUUUAAGAGUACUCGGUGCUUAACCGCAAGGCCUCCGAAGAACUACGCUGUGAUUUUUUGAUGUUGGAAGCCGUGUUCAUGCCUACUGCUUUGCUCGGAACUCGGAUUUUCUUCCUCUUCGUGCAGCUACAACCGUUUAGUGUUGCACAUGCUCUGGAGAAGACCAAGUAUCCGGACUCAAAACAUUUACUAGAAAGAUUUCGACAACAAGUACCACUUCUCUAGUUCUCUUGUCAGCUCACAGAUGAUCUAAUCGCUAUGAACAACGCAGACUUCAUCAUCACUACUAGUGAUUCACUAGCACUUACCAAGAGAUCGCAGGAACGAAGAACACGGUUAGUCAAUAUAUGAAAGCCAUGGAGCUUUUACACUCCCGGGACUAUACAGAGUAGUUUCACGGCAUCGAUGUGUUUGAUCCAAAGUUCAACAUAGGUCUAGGUCUGAACUGUCCCCUACGUUAACUUAGAUCAUUUGGACUGUCAAGCGCUAUGAGAACUUUCUUGCUGAGCUUCACGUGUACAGAUGGCCAACUUGAGAAGAUGUGGGGAGGACUCAAGUUGGCUGUAUGACGUCUUCCUGAGCUUCCGUGGAGAAGACGUGCGCAAAGGCUUUCUUAGCCACGUUGUGAAAGAGUUCAAAAGCAAAGGGAUCUCACCGUUCAUUGAUAGCGAGAUGGAGCGGGGCCAAUCCGUCGGUCCUGGGCUUGUAGGAGCGAUCAGGCAAUCAAGAGUCGCCAUUGUCUUGCUCUCCCGUAACUACGCUUCUUCAAGCUGGUGUUUGGGUGAGUUAGUGGAAAUCAUGAAGUGUAGGGAAGAGGAUAAGCAAAGAGUGAUAACGAUUUUCUACGAAGUGGAUCCAUCUGAGGUUAGGAAGCAGACCGGAGAUUUCGGAAAAGCUUUUGAUGAGACCUGUGUGGGGAAAACAGAAGAGGUGACGCAUGUUUGGAGGCAAGCUUUGAAGGAAGUCGCGGGUAUAGCUGGUUAUGCCUCUAGCAACUGUGGGAGUGAAGCUGAUUUGAUCAACGAACUUGCCUCAAAUGUUAUGGGUGUGUUGGCUUUGACACCAUCAAAUGAUUUUGACGACUUUGUUGGCAUAGAAGCUCGUGUCACGGAGAUGAAAACGAUGUUGAGCCUACAAACAAAAGAAGUUAAGGUGAUUGGUAUUUGGGGUCCUGCCGGGAUUGGUAAGACGACCGCCGCCAGAGUUUUGUAUGACCAAGUCUCUCCUGGUUUUUCAUUCAGCACGUUUUUGGAGAAUAUCAAAGGAUGUUUUGAGAGGUCUUGUGGUAAUGACCAUCAAUUGAAGUUACGUUUUCAGGAAAAGCUGCUGUCUCAAAUUUUUAACCAAAAGGAUAUUGUGGUUGGUCACUUAAGAGGGGCUCCAGAGAGGCUGUGUGACAAAAAAGUGUUGGUUGUUCUUGAUGAAGUGGAUAGCUGGUGGCAGCUAGAGGAAAUGUCAAAGAGAGCAUGGUUUGGUCCCGGAAGUAUGAUUAUCAUUACAACCGAAGAUAGAAAACUUCUCAAAGCACUCAAACUGGAGGCCAAUCAAAUCUACGAGAUGAAAUUUCCAGCUAGACAUGAGGCUUUUCAGAUCUUCUGUUUAUAUGCCUUUGAUCAAAAGUUUCCAAAUAAUGGUUUUGAAGGUCUUGCUUGGGAAGUUACGGAACUUGCGGGUAAUCUUCCUCUAGGUUUGAGAGUCAUGGGGUCGUAUCUACGAGGAAUGUCCAAGAACGAAUGGAUAGACGCACUACCAAGCCUCAGGUCUAGCCUUAACAGCGAAAUUGAAUCAACUCUAAGAUUGAGCUACAACGUCUUAAGUGAUAAAGAAAAAGAUCUUUUUCUGCAUAUUGCAUGUUUCCUUGCUGAUUUCAAGGUUGAUACCGUUAAGACUCUUCUUGAAAAAAGCGAUUUGAACGUCAACCAUGGGCUGCAAAGCUUAGCUAAUAGAAGCCUUAUAUCCAUAGAGGAAGGAUUCAUAAGGAUGCAUAGUCUACUGCAACAAAUGGGUAAAGAAAUUGUCUACGGACAGUCUGCCGAGCCUGGAAAGCGACAGUUCUUGACGAAAUCCACUGAGAUUUCUGAUAUUUUUGAUGAAAAUAGUGGCACUGGAACAGUUCUAGGCAUAUCGUUCCCAUGUUUACUUAAGGAACUCCCAAUAAGUAAAAGAGCUUUCGAAGGGAUGAACAAUCUCCAGUUUAUAUAUUUCGCUGGUGGUACCUUAAAAUUACCCGAAUGCCUCAACUAUCUUCCCGAGAAACUCAGAUUCAUAUAUUGGAACCAGGCUCCAAUGAGAUUUUGGCCUUCCAAGUUCUCUGGAAAGUUUCUUGUCGAACUAAUCAUGCCCAACAGCAACUUCGAGAAACUUUGGGAAGGAAUCAAACCUUUCCCAUUCCUCAAGCGGAUGGAUUUCGGAAACUCUCCGUAUCUGAAAGAGAUUCCAAAUCUCUCAAAAGCAACGAGGCUCGAGGUACUAAAUCUUUCUUUGUGCGAUAGAUUGCUAGAGCUCCCCUCUUCUAUCGGUAGGUUAAUCAAUCUCGAGGAACUGAACCUCAGUUAUUGCGGGAGUUUGGAAAAACGCAGUGGUUGCUCGAGUCUGGAGAAAAUCAGUGGUUGCUCGAGUUUGAAAGAACUCGAUCUGAGCUAUUCUGGGAUAGGGGCAUUGGAAUUGCCAUCAUCGAUUCGUACUUGGUCUUGUUUAUAUAGAUUGGAUAUGUCAGGGUUGAGUGACCUCAAGAAGUUCCCAAAUGUUCCUUACAGCAUCGUAGAGCUGGUGCUGCACAACACAGGGAUAGAGGAAAUUCCUCCAUGGAUUGAGAAGCUAUAUUGUUUACAGGAACUCUUUAUGACUGGAUGCGAUAAGCUGGAAAUUGUAUCUCCAAACAUUUCUAAGUUGGAGAAUCUUCAGACUAUUGAUCUGCUUAAAGGUGGCGGAGGUCAUAUGGAGAUGAUUUAUGAUGAUGGAUAUUUUGAAGCAGAGAUGAAGUGGGGGCCUGACUUGAAGCGCCGCUGGAAAUUACGAUCAGACUUAGACAUUCACUACAUUUUACCGAUAUGUCUACAAGAGAAGUCUCUUACAUCUCCGACAUCAUUAUGUUUAACGAGUGAUAGUUUAAAGAUUAUUCCAGAUUGCAUCAGACGUCUCUCCGGACUAAGUGAGCUUAAAAUCACAGCUUGCAGAAAGCUCACAGCACUGCCACAGCUUCCAGGUUCCUGUCUAUCUCUAGAUGCACACUUUUGUAGAUCCUUGAGGAGAAUAGAUUCUUCUUUUCAAAAUCCAAAUAUCUGCCUAAACUUUGCUGGCUGCUUCAACCUGAGUCAAAAAGCGAGAAAGCUCAUCCAGACAUCAGCUUGCAAAUAUGCGCUCUUACCGGGUAAAAAUGUGCAUGCACACUUCACCCACCGAGCUAUCUCAGGUUCCCUAACGAUUCAUCUGACUCCAAGACCUCUUCCUCCAUUCUUCAGAUUCAAAGCUUGCAUCUUACUGUCAGAAGACAAUUCCCGUAAUCUUUGCGGGCCUUGGACAGUGUCUUGUCGCGUCAGCGGUAAACAGAAUGGCCACACUGUCCCAUAUGGAUCAGACCGGCUUCAUCAUAUGUCAUGUCUAGGUUCAUCUCGAAACCAUCUAUAUAUUUUUGAAGAUUCUUUAUCUCUAAACCAGCAAUACCCUGAAGCCGAAGACCCCACUUUCAGCGAGCUUUCUUUUAUAUUCACAGUUGAUGAUGGUAAAGCCUUGGUGGUUGAGGGCUGUGGUGUACGACUUUUGGAUGUACUUGAUGGAAAAGAAACUGAAUACGAAGAGUAUAUCGAGGCAAACAAUGAAAAUGCAACUGAUGAUGGUGAGGAAGAUGAAGUUGGUGAUGAUAGUGAAAGUGCUCACGAUGAUGAUGAUGACUUUGAGGAGGAUGUAGAGGAUGCUGUCGAUGAUAAUGACCCUGGCUGUUCUGAUGAGGUUUCCGACACAAACAUAGAGGCAAACAAUCAAAAUGCAGAUGAGGAUGAUGAUGACGAAGAAGAUGAAGGUGGUGAUGAUAGUGAAAGUGUUGUCGAUGAUAACAAUGAUACUGAUGACGUUGAGGAGGAUAUAGAGGAUGAUGUAGAUGAUAAUGAUCCUGGCUUUUCUGAUGAAGUAAUCGACAUAAAAAUAGAGGCAAACAAUGAAACUGAAGAAGGAAAAGUAUCAGGACGUGAUGAGGGUGCAGAGACGAGGAGCAGGAAACGAAUGAGGUCAAGCCUUGUGUAGGUGUUGUGAUGUUGUUAGAUUUUCUGAUUCCGUGCAAUGUAAGUUUCCAAGAAGAGAAGCUCAAUCUCAACAUCCCCGGAGCAAUCAAUCUGAGAUUUUUUCAGGUUUGGGAACUCGAUCACUCUGGCUUCCCUAACCAAUCAUAGAAUCUAUAUAUAUACUGAUUUCUCAGCCGCCAUAAAAUGCCGCUUAUGCUGUUUUCCACUUCUGUAUCCUUCCAUAAAAAGGAAAAAAGUGGUCUCCCUAUGGAUAUUUGCUUAUCUGUGUUGUCACGUAUACACACGACGGGGUGAUUGAAGAAAUGGAGGAUAUAGGGUUUGUCGAUCAUCUGUUCUGUAUCUUGAGGAAUCUGUGUUGCUCAGUGAAUGGCGAGAACGUUGUAUCGAUCGUCCUUCGCAUGUGCUGUCUGAAUACGGGUAACAGAGACAGAGAGAGAGGACUAGGCUGAAACUGAUCAAAGAAGGGGAGGAUGUAUACUCGACAUUUAUGAAGCUUGCAGAGCAAGGAUCACAACGUGCAGUGACAGAAGCAGAAGCGAUUUUGCAGUGGAUCAAGAGAUCUGGUACUGGUGAAGAGCCAUGAAGGGAAUCGCCACACUAGAGUCUUGUAUUAGUCUUUUCUGAGAACGUUUAGUACCUAAAGAGGGCCCUGAGUGUUGCUACUCUUAGUUGACUUUUCUGAUUCAUAUUCCGGCUAGUGAAAUCAUCCGUGAGGAUUUCGUA